UCCGAACCAGCAGAAGCCGACUUCUGCCGUGGAUUAGCCUGGGUAACCUUCCGCCUGGACCCCCUGUAUCGCAGCUGGCUGAGAUCAUAUCUCGAAGUAUGACUAUGUGUGUUAUCUCUAUGUUCUUCGGAUUCGUGUAUCCCCUGCAACCAAUCUUACAUCAACCUUCUUGCAUACGUCGCCUACGUGCAAAGGAUGAUACAUCCGACAUCGUGUUCCUAUCACUGUUGUCGGGUCAUUUUUGUGGCACUUGUCCAUUCAUCAUCAAUAUGUAUAUUCGUUGUCUAUGAGCUACCCAGCUUGAGACUCUAUUCAAGAAGGUUACUAUUCCAAUCAAAUACCAGGCAUCUCAAACAAGACCGUUGCAAUGCUCAGCGGGAGGACGAGACGGUCUUCUCCUUAUUGGAAAGACAUGUCACUUUGAAAAGCUCGAUCCGGCGCUGUUUAGUGAACCCUCUCGGUUUGAAAGGAGAUACAGUUUUCCUGUCCCUUCUCGGACAGAACGCUUCAAUUAUGUUCAACACUGGCAGAAGAAACUCUCCAGAAAUCCGCAAUAGUCAUUCGGGGACGGGCUUUCGGCGGAAUUUGCAGUUCAGGGCCGAAGGGUUCUCAUUGUGCGUUUCUGAAGGAGAUCUUCGUGUUCGCUCUUUUGACCCUAGUCCAGAGUCCUGUUAGCUCGACCGUCGAUCUCGGUUGACCCCACGGGGACUUGUCAUCACCGAUAAGCUUUCGUCACUCAGUAUCACAGCAGAUAAUUUGGGUACGAGAUCAGAUGGAAUCAGGUAAUGAGCGUGGAAUGGCUGCUAUUUGGGCAGAGACAAGCCGACUGAAAUUAUGUUUGGGAGUCGU